UCCGCUAGGUGGCGCUGCUUGGUAACAGGCAGACCUAUUCCGUUGUGUGAACAGCACGGAAGUGGUUGAGGCGCCAGGGAGACAGUGUUUGUGUAUCUGAGAGGAGCAGGGACAUCGUGAGUUACUGUUCAGUCGGGCUUGUCUACAUGUUGUUUUUGGGUCUCUAAAAAUCUUUUUAUUUUCUUGUAAGCUGUUGAUGGAAGUGUAGAGAUUACGGCGGAGGGUUGUUUAACAGUAAAGGCAGAAUAAAACUAGAUCGAGCACAGAAGCGAAGGCGGUGUUUCACAAGAGGCCUAAAAAGGAUACAACAUACAGAAAUUAGAGAUGGAUAUCUGCGCAUCCUCCGCGUCUCUCCUUGAGGAAGAACUCGCCUCUGCUAUCGAGCCUGCAGUGAAAGCGGCUGUGCUGAGCGUCAUGUCUGCGAUCACAAGGUUCGUGGACCGCAGAUGCGCAGUUUUGUACGUCAGUCAGAAGGAACGAGAAAAGGAAUUUCAAAGCGUACGACUACGAUUGGAAAUAGCGGAGCGCGAAUUAGAAGCAGUAAGAAAACGAGACUACCUGAACACCAAUAAACCACACUCCUGGAUGAACACUAAUAUCAUUCAUCUAGCCGAGAAGGAGAAGGAAGAGAACCGUUUGAAGCGCGCUUCAUUCUUCAGUGAAACAGCUGAUAAACGUGCACGGAACACCCGGGGCAGCGGCAGUCUUGCUCACGGCCUGCCAGCCAUUACACGAAAUUUCUCCACUUUUCCAGUUCAGCCAGUCAGGGAUCCGGUGCCUGCAGUCCACACCGCACUGAAAAACCCCCGGGUUUUAAUCCAGGAGGAUGGAAGCUAUUCCGAGCAGGACCUGCUGAUGCGAGGUGAUGACUCUGAACAGAGAGACCACACAAGCACAGCGGGGUGGAGAAGAGCACUGAAAGGUGGGGUGAUAAAUCCCUUUCAGAAAAAUAAAUACAGCCUUCUAAGGAUACAGGGUCCUGCAGAGAGAAAUGCUCUCCCUCAUGCUGAGGAAGGGUCGAAGGCAGAAUCACUUCCCAUUCAAGAGGAGCUCUUUGACCAGGAAUGGUGCAGGAGUCCAAAGCAGGCUACAGAGCUGACAUCUAUUGAAGGGGAGGUUAAACCUGCACUAGAUCCUGUCCACAUUAAAGAGGAGGCCAGUGAACUGGAACCUGUCCACGUUAAUGAAGAGAUCUCUGGAAUUGAGUGUGUCGUCAUUAAAGAGGAGGUUCUUGAACUUGAAUCUCACCCCAUUGAAGAGGGGGGUCCUGAAUACUUUGAAAGACGGCAGCAGAUUCAUGCUGGACAGAACGUGCAUCUCUGCACUGUGUGUGGGAAGAGUUUCAGUAGGUCAGCAGAGCUGAAAAGACACCACCGAAUUCACACCGGAGAAAGACCGUACCCCUGUACUGAUUGUGGAAAGAGUUUCGGUGCGUCGACAGAUCUGAAGAGACACCUGCAGAUUCACACAAGACAGAAACUGUAUCACUGUACGCAAUGUGGCAAGGGUUUCACUCACUCAGGAACGCUUGCGUUACACCAGCGAAUUCACACAGGAGAGAAACCCUACAGCUGCACCGAGUGUGGGAAGAGUUUCACUCACUCAGCAACACUGUCUUUACACCAGCGAAUUCACACAGGAGAGAACCUGUACCAGUGUUCUGAAUGCAGCAAGACGUUUAUUGCAUCGGCAGAGCUGAAAAGACACCAGAGAAUUCACACGGGAGAGAAGCCGUAUCGCUGCACUGAGUGUGGCAAAAGUUUCAAACAGAUGCCACACCUUAAAACACACCAGCAAAUUCACACGGGGGAAAAACCGUAUUGCUGCACUGCGUGUGGGAAGAGUUUUACUUUCCACUCCCAGCUGAAGAAACACACAGAGUCUAGCCAUGCUGUCAGACACACCCCCUAAAUGUGUUGGUGCAGUCCACGUGUGUUGUGUUGGUGUGUCGGAGUCAUCAAGGACAUCUCCUUUUUGUGACCAAACACUUUUAAUUGUAAUAAAACUUGAAAGUGAUCACCAGCCACACAGUCACAUAAAGAUGGAACAGGAACUAUGUUCAAAUGUAAAACCAGUUUUUUUUUUGUUUGUUUUUGGGUGGAAAAACUGCUAGGAUGUGCUAACUUCUCAGUUUUAUUUAUGCUUGAGUAAUGAAUUUGGAUGUUGCCACUCUAUAAUCUUCCAAUGGCCACGAUGUAAAGAAAUAUCUAUAAAACAUUGUUUGACUGCAUUCCCUUUUUCAUCUCAAUUGCUACAAGCAGUACAGUUACUCGACGGCGUCGGUGAAACGUCUGCAAGUCUAUCAAAAGAUUACUUUUAUCUUUUAUCAUGUAUGAGUCCUGUACCUGUACAGAAACAUAAGGAAGGCAUUCAGGCAGCCCAUGACUGGAGUAACCACUGAGAUUCUUGAUGCCCAGAGACCUUUGUAAAGAAGUUUUUGAACAAUGCUUAUUCACCUGCUUGUAUGAUUUUGUAUAUAUAGAAAAUUGAUGGAUUCAAAAGUGUGGAUGGAUCCAUGCCUUCAGAAGAAGGCAGUCGUCGAAGUGUUGUAGCAAACUGUUUCAACUGUUUCUUCAUCUUCAAUAAGUAUACCUAGUGAUUUGAUGAGUAUCUUAAUGCAUCUCUUAGGAUAUGGUGCAGUUCUGUAUAUAUAGAGUGGGAGAGUAGCGCCCUGCUGUGAUCUUGCUGUUGCUUCUGGACUGCAGCGUGAAAUAACAAGUCUAGCCGGAGGACAUGAAGCUUGAAUUAUGAACUGAUUGCAUCUUUUUUUUUUUUCAUUUUCUUUUAUAUUCAGUAUUUGUUGUGUUUUGAAGUCACGCUGCAGCCAGUAACACUUUAUAAUCUGCAGCAAUACGUAUGUAUUGGACCUUGCAAUUGGUUCCCUUUCUUCCUGGUUCAGUUGAAAUAGCUUUCAAAUCUGUUUCAGAAUAUCGUGUGAGAACGUAGUGUAACUUCAGUCUCCCGUGAAGCUUGGUGGCUGUGCUGUCCCACUUACAGCAUCUUUCUUCUUAGCCUAAGACGCACUCAGUACAGGUCCACUAGUGUUGGGGUUCGUCCAAAACUAUCAUCAACAUCGACUCCCAAAAAAAAAAUAGUACAUGAAAAUGAUGACACCACAAGUAGGCCCUAGAUUUUGAAAAUGUAAUUACUCACCAUAUAGACAGUGAAAAUAGACACUCUGACUGUGUCCCGUAUUGUACACCCACACAGGUAUUACACAAUUUGAUGAUAAUCUUUUUCUCUCUAUGGCUCUCAAGAGGAUCCUGAUCUUGAAUUUAAUUGGCCCAUGGAUUUCCAGCUGUGAAAACAUUUCUUUUUUUGUGUUAGCGAAAGUCGAUCACACUCAUUUUCGUUCCUAUGUUGAGCACUGUCUGCGUAUUUUCAUAGGAUUCCAUCUACGCUGGAAAGGAAAUGUGUGCCAGCGUUAACAGGAUCCUUUUUCUCAACUAAAAGUUAAAUAUAAAUAACUCUGACAAAGCAGUCCUCUCUGGUGGCUGCAGUACUUUUUGCAGGAAGGCAUGUUAAUGUUUCAAACUGUAUACAUUAUGAUUUUUUUUUUUUAAUCAAAACCCCCCAACUGUACGCUUUCAGAAAAUGACGAUUUUGGAUGACCCUUUAGUUUUGUAGGUUUUAGAAUUUUUUUGUAUUUGGUUGUAUUUUUAUUUACCAAUAGACAAAAAUCAACUUUUCAUUUGAAUGUUUUGGUAAAAUAUUGUGUUAUUAAUAUAGACAAACAUGUUCUAAUGCUGGCCACUCUAAUGUGUUUUAUUAGAUAUCUUAAUAGAAUUAAUUGUAAAUCCCUGAAGCACAUCUCUCUGGUUUGCAGCCACGGACAAAACUGUUCAUAACGAGUAGGAAUAGAGUUGUAAUACUGUGAAGCUUAGAUUAGGAGUGUACUGUAACUCUUUAUUUUUGUUCUCUGAAUUUCUGUAGCCCAGUGAAUUGUGUUAUGCAAGUAUAGUGAAAUCUUAAAAUAGACGUCUGCUUUUGAAUCGUCUUUUCAUAGAAACCGAGUAAACUAUUGUAAGAAAAUUAUUGUUUUGCGUUUUAUUAAAUUACAUAAACCCUGUUUCUUUAGCACAUCACUUUAGGUACUGUGUGCAUUGCAGCUUUGAAAUAUUUGGGUCAGAGUUACAUUUCUAACUCCGUGUCAAAUCCUGAUGAAAGUACUGUUGAUCCAGUUGUGAUGUAACAUGGUCUCUGUGCUCUUUAGGGUACGUUAUUGAGCACAUCAGAAUACGGGGUUCAGGAGUGCAUCACUCUGUAUGUAAAGCUCAUGGCAAUGUACAGCUAUGCCCUAUUUGCAUUACCUAGAAUUUUAGGUUUGAGACAUAAUUAAAAAAAAUAUAAAUAUAUAUAUAAUUAUAUGCAUAUAAUUUAGAUCUACACCAUUGUCACAAAAAUCUACUUGUAGCCAUAAUAGUAUUACAACAGUAUUUCAUGUUAGAUUUCAAAAUUUCCAAUUUGUUUAAUUUGUCAGUUUUUUGUUAAUUAAAUGAAAAACUACGAAGCGGUCUGUAAUUCAGUAUGUCAACAUAACAUUAUUCCACUGACACUGUUAUCUGCUCCGUUAUUGAAUCGUAUUUUGUCACACUUGUACUUGCUAGAACCAAAGUCAUUGUAUUUUAUCUUGCUCUUAAUUGUAUUAAUACUUGUACUGUGAUUCUUGAAAUGUAUUUUUGCUUACGACUGUAAGUCGCCCUGGAUAAGGGUGCCUGGUAAUAAAUAAAUAAAUAAUAAUUAUUAU